GAGAUGCUUGAGCUGUCCGACGGUGAGGAGGCCUGGGAGGAGGAGGAGGAGGAGGGCUCCGCGGAGCGCCCACAGGCUCGCUGCCUCUUCUGUGACAGGUUGUUUAGUUCUGCUGAAGAUGUAUUCUCCCAUUGCAAAAUAGAACAUCAGUUUAAUGUUGGUGAUGUGAUCAGUAAGAACGGACUUGACUUUUAUGGAUACAUUAAACUAAUAAACUUUGUAAGAUUGAAGAAACCCACUGUGCCGUAUUURAAUUCGCUCAGCAGCCCACUCCCUUGGGAAGGAGAGGAAUACUUAAAACCUGAACUAGAAGAUGAUCUCUUACUUCAGUUUGAUAUAGAUGACCUCUGUGAACCUGCAAAUGUUUUGUGUUCUAAUGGGUUAAAUGAUACUGCAGUGCUCCUUGAACAACUGAAACAUGCGGAACACAGAGCCAAACUUGCAGAAGCAGCCUUGGUUAGAGCCCAGGAUGACCUUCAGAAAAUGAAGCAAUUUGCUCGGGAUUUUGUGAUGGAUGCAGAUGUCAGAAGCGGCUCGUCAGCCAACGCUGUUGCAGACCUUCAUGAGGAUGAGGAUGGUGUUUACUUCAGCUCCUAUGGGCAUUAUGGGAUACACGAAGAAAUGCUGAAGGAUAAAGUGCGUACAGAAAGCUAUCGUGACUUCAUAUAUCAAAACCCACAUCUCUUCAAGGGCAAGGUAGUUUUGGAUGUUGGCUGUGGAACUGGAAUACUCUCCAUGUUUGCUGCAAAAGCAGGUGCAAAGCAAGUGAUUGGAGUUGACCAAUCUGAAAUUAUUUAUCAAGCAAUGGACAUCAUUAGGUUAAAUAAACUUGAGAAUAUCAUUACAUUAGUCAAAGGAAGAAUUGAAGAAGUAGACCUGCCUUUGGAAAAAGUGGAUGUAAUUAUAUCUGAGUGGAUGGGUUAUUUCCUUCUCUUUGAGUCUAUGCUGGAUUCUGUUAUUUAUGCAAAGGACAAGUACCUGGCAGAGGGAGGCUCAGUUUAUCCUGACAUGUGCACCAUUAGUCUGCUAGCUGUGGGUGAUAUGGAUAAACAUAUGGACAAGCUAGUUUUCUGGGAAGAUGUCUAUGGCUUUGACAUGUCUUGCAUGAAGAAGGCAGUAAUUCCAGAAGCUGUUGUGGAGGUGCUGGAUCCAAACACAAUUAUCUCUACAGCUAGUGUCAUUAAGCGUAUCGACUGUAAUGCUGCAUCCAUUCCAGAUUUAGAAUUCYCUGAGGAAUUCACUCUAACAAUUACGACGAGCACAAGGUGUACGGCAAUUGCUGGUUACUUUGAUAUAUUUUUUGAGAAGGACUGUUGCAGCAAGGUCUUGUUUUCAACUAGUCCRUUUUGUACCAAAACACACUGGAAACAAACAAUUUUUCUUCUGGAGAAACCARUUCCUGUAGAAGCAGGAGAGGCCCUGAGAGGAAGGAUAACAGUGUGCAAGAACAGAAAGGAUCCACGGUCCCUCUUUAUAACCCUCUCACUGAAGGAUACGAAACAGACCUACAGUCUUCAGUGAAUKUACUGUGCAUGUAACUUUGAGAAAUGUCAGGUGUAAAGGUUUCAAGUAAUUGUUGAUAACUAUUCUAGAUCUACAGAGAUAGCAAAAAUGUGAGCUUAUGGAUGAGUGUGCAUACCUAUAUGCAAAGUCUCUAAUUUGAGAGUUUGCUGUUUGGACGGUUGGUUUUUGAUUGUUUUUAUAUGGAGAUUGAUGGCAAAAACGGACCUGUAUUCUGCAUGCUGUGAGGAAGGAUGGAAAAGAUCAUCUGAGGUCAGAUGAAUCUGCCGGGCGUGAGAAGAUCUGCAUAAAGUCUUUGCUCUGAGGGACAAUAAAUUUGAUCUGUGCCAAGGCAAUUUAAGUACUUGGAAAGUCAUAGUGGAAGUAAAUUUGGAAUUGGGACUGCAGUAUUACAGCAGCAAAGAC